AUGCCGUUCGGGCUGGAGCGUGCUGUCUCGCCCCAAAAGGCAUUAGAGCACUCCAUGGGCGCCGUGCUCGUAGGCAGCUUAAUUGCUCUCUUCCUCUCGGGCGCGGUGUCUAUGCAGGUGUUCUUGUAUUGCCAGUUAUACCCUCGGGACAGGUGGAGGAUCAAGCUCAUGGUCUUCUGCGUCUGGCUUCUCGACUCCAUUCACUCGGCAAUGGCAAUCACGGCAAACUGGCAAUAUCUCAUUGUACAUUUUGGAGACUGGGACAACAUGGACGAAAUUACCUGGUCCGUAGCGGCCUCAGUCGCCCUCACGGCCCUCAACACGUUCGUUGUGCAUUGCUUCUUUACUCACAGAAUACAUACGCUGAGCCGCAAUAACUGGUACAUCACGACAACACUCGUUGCCCUCGCGCUAGUCCGUCUUGUAUCAGCCUUGAUAUCCACCUCUGAAAUGAUCCGCCUACAUAGCUACGCGCUAUUUGUGGCCAAGUUCGAUUAUGUCUUUACGAUUGGCUUGACCACCGCGGCGUCACUGGACGUCCUCGUCGCAACCGGCCUGUGCUACUUCCUUCGGCGCGGACGCAGCGGACUUACGAGUAUGGAUAAGAUCGUUGAUACGAUCACCCUAUAUACCAUUGAGAACGGGAUGCUCACCUGCAUCACCACCAUCAUAUCCCUCAUCUGCUGGGUUACGAUGCCCACCAAUCUCAUCUUUCUAGGCCUACACUUUGCCAUCAGCAAAUUAUACGCCAACUCCCUGCUAGCGACGCUGAACGCGCGCAAGUCCCUCUUGAACAAAUCCCAAGGUUCGAGCAACGAGCGCGACCAUCCACUUCCCGUCCUCUUCCCUGACAGCUUUGGUCGCCAUACCGAGCUGCAGUGGUCGCAUCAUCGAAGCCUAGGGGAGACCCCAACCAGACUCGAGGUGAACAUCCAGAAGUCGACGCGGGUCGAACCCGUGUCGCCGUACGGGGAGCCGAGCAGUCCGCUUCCGUUGCAUAGUGAGGGCGACUGCGAGCGCGGGGAGUCUGUGAAGAGCCCUGGGGUGACUUUUCUUGUGGACGAUGAACCUCGGAGAUGUUCUGGUUGA